AACAAUGUAAACACAUAAAGCAUAUUGUACUUAGUCUUCGGGCCGAUUUAGUAGACAAUUCAUAUUGUUUAAGGUGGAACUUCAAAACCAUUAAUCGUCAUGUCAUUUGUAUUGUGGUUGGCCCUGGUUUCGACUGGGUGUCUUGUGAAUGUAGAGGCUGAAACGAUAGAUGAAAACCUGAUUCUAACACCUGCAGAGACGCCUGUGAUAGACAAUUCAAUUACCGAGGCACCUAGGUCAGCACAUCGGAAAAAAAAGAGUCAAUUUUCAGAGGUAGAUGCGUUAUUCAGAUACAUUAAUCAGACCAAUGAGGAAUUCAUGAGGAAUUCAGCUAAUGGAAUUAUGGACUACAAUUCGUACUUGGAUACUUUAAGACAUGCGUUUAUUGAAUAUAAAAAGGCUAAUAUGGUCGAAACCACCACCGAACAUAACUUUGUUAGUUAUGGUUGGUAAAUCAACCGGAAAUUUGUCGUUUAUAAAUUUGUGUUAAUUUGGAUUUUACGUUUUGCAAUUAUUUUAAUCGUAAAAUGUAUUAUUUAUCUAUAGAUAAAAAAAAUUAAUUAUUAUAAAUUGAUUUUCCCUUGAAGAAAAUAUAAUAAAAGUCAAAAUUUAGAAAUAAA